UGCACACUGCAGUAGGGAGACGGCCAGCUGUCUCCCUACUGUUAGCUAACAACAGUGAAAGGAAAAAGGCUGAGAAAAUAAGUAAAAUCUACCCUUCUACAAAUUGAUUUAGUGCAUUCUUUAAAGCGUACAGUCUUCAUGUGACCUCUGGGUGUACAUGAUGACAGAAAACGAAUUUGUGAAUGAAAAGUAACUUACUUUUGUCCGGACAACGGCCUUUUGUUGAACCCGGAGCAUCUUGAGGUCCUGCACUCAUCCAUCAGUAAACUGCACCCGGGCUUGCUGAAGGGAUCUGAAGUUGCUGAACUCUUCGUGUGUGUACGCACUGACACCCAAAAUCAUAGAAUUAUAGAUGUGUGCGUGCUGAAAGUACGCUGAACGCUUUUUAAGUUGCUUCGCUAAACGUCUGUCGCUGUUGUUACUGCUGUAGGCCGCUGCAUGCUUGACCAAUGACCUCUGGCCAACCAUGAGGUUUUAUCAUUACUGUAAGUCACUGAAAUGCACUUUUAUUUGUACAGGAGCAGCAUCUGACGACUUUGACCAUCCGAGCUUCGUCCCGUGUAUCUUCCCCAACGUAACCCAGUCCAGCAAAAAUGCAAAGUCAGAAGGAUGUAAGAGAAAAAUACAAAGGACUGAAACCCACCACAAAAAAAGAAAACCCGCAGCCCUGUAUGAUACGGCCCCAUCGCUGAGGAUGCCUGCGGAGUCUGUAACCAAACCUGCUCCCAGCACCUUGGAAUCUUCUGCUCACGGACAAGUCUACCAGAGUGACGGACAGCAGCUCUCUGUCAUGGAGGAUCCUGACUGUCCUCACCAGCAGGUUGUCGUACUUGGGGACUGGAAUGAAGUUUCCCAAACAUCUCAGACCUCCAAGAGUGAAGUCUUUGUAUUGAAAAAGACGUUUUUUAUGAGGAGCAGUUUUGGAAGCCUGAAAAUGAACUCCAAUCUGGACCUGAAGGAACCACGUCGUCCUCAGAUCAAAGUGGAGGAGGAAGGACCACAUCCUCCUUGGAUCAAGGUGGAGGUGAAAGAAGAGGUGGAACCACAUUAUUCUUGGAUCAAGGUGGAAGAGGAAGGGGAGGAACCACAUCUUCCUCAGAUCAAGGUGGAAGAGGAAGAGGAGCCACAUCCUUCUUGGAUCCAGGUGGAGGUGAAACAAGAGAAGGAAGCACAUUCUUCUUGGCUCAAGGUGGAACAAGAGGAACCACAGCCUCUUCAUAUCAAAGUGGAGGAAGAGCCACAUUCUCCUUUGUUCAAAGAGGAAGAGGAGGAACCACAUCCUCCUCUGUUGAAAGAGGAAGAGGAGGAAGCACAUCCUCCUCUGUUGAAAGAGGAAGAGGAGGAAGCACAACCUCCUUUGUUGACAGAGGAAGAGGAGGAAGCACAACCUCCUUUCUUCAAAGAGGAAGAGGAGGAACCACAUCCCCCUCAGACGGAAGUGGAGGAAGAGCACCCACUUUCUCCUCCGAAUGAAGAGGAAGAAGAGGAACUGAAUCCUUCUCCGAUGGAAGAGCAGGAGAAAAUCGACACCUGUGAGAACAGGAAGCAGGAGACUGACGCCUCUCUUCAAAAUGUGACUGAUGGGAAAAUGGACCAGAGUAACUCGAAACCAGAUGAAGAGCUUCACCUUGGUAACCCUGUGCCGGCUGUGAGUCACGACCAUCAACAAACCUGUGAAGAUUCAGGGUCACAACGAAAUGAAGACCCUACAUUAAAAAAUGGAGUUCAAACAGAUGAGAAGAACAGUUAUUGUGACGUGAGUGAUAAACAUUUCAGAAGCAGUCAGAGUUUAAUAAAACACAGGAGAAUUCACUCAGGUGAGAAGCCAUAUUUCUGUAAAACUUGUGGGAAACGAUUCAAGGGCAAAAGUAAUUUGAGACAGCACAAGGCAGUUCACACAGCUGAGAAGCCCGAUCCUUGUAGAUUAUGUGGGAAAAGCUUGAGUUCUAAUGACGAUCUGACUGAUCACAUGAAGACUCACGCGAGUGAGAGGUCAUAUUCCUGUGAAACAUGCGGGAAAUGCUUCCGUCGCCGUAACAAUUUGACUCUCCACAUGAAGACUCACAAAAGUCAGAAGCAUCACUCCUGUAAAAAAUGUGGGAAAUGUUUCCGUCACAAUUAUGAACUGACUGAUCACAUGAGGACUCACACAGGCGAGGGGCCGUAUUCCUGUGAAACAUGUGGGAAGUGUUUCAGCCACCCUAGCAAUUUGGCUAUCCACUUGAGAUCCCACACAGGUGAGAAGCCUUUUGCUUGUAAAACAUGCGGGAAAGGUUUUGGUUACAGGAGUCAUUUGGAUGACCACAUGAGGUCUCACACUGGUGAGAAGCCUUAUUCUUGUGAAGCAUGUGGGAAAAGUUUUUGCCACAAAAACCAUCUGGCUGUUCAUAUGAGGGCUCACACAGGUGAGAAGCCUUUUUCUUGUGAAUCGUGUGGGCAGACAUUUGGCUACAAAAGUCAUUUGAACGUCCACAUGCGGGUUCACACAGGUGAGAAGCCGUAUUCCUGUAAGACAUGUGGGAAAGGUUUUAUUCGUAACUCUCAUCUGACCAGCCACAUGAGAACUCACACAGGUGGGAAGUCGUAGUUUACAGACAUCUGCAACAGUUAUGUUGGACGACAAACCACUUUCAUGUCUCACACACGUGAAUUCUCAUUCAAAAAAAAAAAAAAAAAAAACUGGACCAAGACAUUGUCUAUGAAGAACGCAAUGUUUAAAGGGAGUGUUCUU